AAAAAUGGCUAAUCAAAUAACAUUUUCACCCUUGCAGAUUCUCGCCACCUUCACGGUCGCUUGCGUGUCGGCCUUCCCGGAACCUCCGCGGGCCCGCAUCGUCCUGCCAACCAAGCAGCUCCAGCUUCCCGAGCUCGAGUACGGCGCUCCCAAGCCCGAAUACCUGCCUCCCCCGUCGUCCGAGUAUGGACCUCCCGCUCCCGUGUACGGACCCCCAGCCCAUGAGUACGGCCCACCAAUCCAGAAGCUGAUCACCAAGAACGUCUACGUGCAUGUUCCCCCAGAGGAGCCCACCGAGAUCAUCAAGAGUGCCCCGCUGGAGCAACCCAUCGCCAAGAAGCACUACAAGAUCAUCUUCAUCAAGGCCCCGGCCCCACCGGCACCGAUCCAGCAGCAGAUUCCACCCCCGGUCCAGGACGAACACAAGACGUUGGUCUACGUGCUGGUCAAGAAACCCGAAGAUCCGGCCCCCCUGGAACUGCCCCAGGUUGAACCGACCGAGCCCAGCAAGCCCGAGGUGUACUUCAUCAAGUACAAGGCCAACGAGCACAAGGAACCGGCCAAGACGUACGGACCUCCGGCCAACACCUACGGACCGCCGCCAUCGGCCCCAUCCGGACCAGCUCGUUACACGCAAUUCUAAGGGUUUUCAUGGUUUUAGGAAAGUUAUUAGCUUCUUUUGUUAUCGUUGUUUGUUAAGUGUUUAAGUUAGCUAGCAGUGAUGCCAGAUUAGCAUUUGUUGUUGUUCUUCUUAAGAAAAAUGGAAAUAUUUGGCUGAAUUUCACUCGUUACGAGAUUGUGAAGAUGUGUAGCCUCAACUUGUCCUUCCCCUAACGACCUAGUCGUAAUCCCAGCACGUCCGCUCCUACCAAAACCACUGUUCCUGGUACUGCUUCCAAAUCCAGCUUCCAUUAGUGCAGUAAUUGUCCCAAUCCUACCACCACAACCCGGAAAAGCAAACAACUCCACAAUCUCCAUCAGUGUGUGACAUUUAGUGGAGGCUUAGUCUGUAAGGCAGUGGCACUAUCGUGGAAGAAUUUGAUCCGUAGAAAAAUAAUAAGGGAAGUGUUGCCAGCACGUUCCUUCUCCUCCUGAAAGUUGUCGAUCUCGCUAUAGUCGAGAUCGAUCAAUUGCAGGUGGCAAAGUGGAAAAGUGCUAGAAAACAGUACCAAAGUGUGUAAAUAUUGAUUCUUCCGUUGCGAACCCCGGUGAAUUAAACGUGACGAAACGUUGGGUUAGCUUUAUAAAUGUAGGUUAGUUCACAGAAGUGAAAGUAGGUAAAAACCUUGCAAAGAGAGAGAGAGAGAAACAAAUAAAGCAGCAAAUGAAAAAAGCGAUUUGUCGAGUGUAAAUACAGCUCUUAAUACGA